AGAUACUCGCAUUCCGAUAACGCUCCGCGGCUGUCAAACAGACUGACGCUGCAUGGAUUUAUAGCUAUAGAGUUUAUCUUCGGGUUUGCGGUUUCUAACUUUAGUUUUCGAGACUUCUAACCGGUCAGCAUGGCUCUGGCUGAAGCGAUGACGCCUGUCUCCUUUCCAAGCAUCCAAGCCAUGGAAGCCAAACAGUUCGAGCAUAUGUGCAAGGUGGACGAGUAUGCGCGCCGCGGCGCAACAGGCAGCGCGUCCAGCCCGCUCCUCGAAGUGGAGUUCAGCAUCGUGCGCGCCCCCGCCGCGCUGCCCAAAGACGAUGACGACCUCGGGAAGUUCCUGGACAUCGAGUUCAUUUUGUCCAACACCAUCGACUCCAAUGUAAUGAGCAGCAGCGGGAGCGUCUCUCCGCCGCAGCAGCGCGCGUACUCCCUGCCGGAGUCGCCGGAGAGCUGCGGCGGGGGUUCUGCGUUGGACGGCGGCGACCGCGGGCACAAUCCCGCUGGCCUGGCCGCGCAGAGCUACAACGGCGCGGGGAUCUUUGCGGAUUCGAGUCCGGUCCGCAGCCUCAUGGCCGAGCUGCUCACGACGGAGAUUGGCUACCCGGGGGAGAGCUCGCCGGAGUGCGCGGGGAAGGCGAGAGACAGGCGCGAGUACACCGAACUGCGGGCAGUAAAUCCGGUCUCCGCACCGGCCGCUCCCGCUCAUCACCAAGUGGCCGCCUCUCCUCCGCCGCUUGGAUACAAAAUUAAAAGCGAGCCCGUCGGUCAGUCCUGCAUGGUGGCCGCCGGUUGCGGGGACUUUAUGGGACAGAUGUACGAGAGAGCCCAGAUGCGCUCUGUGCAGCAAUCUGUGUACACGCACCGCCAGGCUGCGGUUCCAGGCGCUCUGACGGGAUUCAGCGCGCACCCCAUGCAGAACUCUGUACCUCAGGGACGCACAGACUGCCAUAUGGCGCAAAUGAACACUCACCAUAGCCAACAACAUCUCCAAAACCAGUACAUGAGCGCGCCCUACCAGCCGCAGUACGUGCACCAGAGCGUGGCGCAGUUUCCAGGACCGUACGGCGUUCACCAGCAGCAUCCCGCAUCCAUGCAGGGAAUGAUGCUCACCCCGCCGUCUUCUCCAUCACUGCUGGAGUUCUACGCACAAGAGGAGGCGUUGAGCGGCAAGCAGAAGCGCGGGCGCAGGUCGUGGGCCAGAAAACGCGCCGCGACGCACAGCUGCGACUUCCUCGGCUGUGGGAAAACCUACACCAAGAGCUCCCACCUCAAAGCCCACAUGAGAACACACACGGGAGAGAAGCCCUACCACUGCAACUGGGAAGGCUGCGGCUGGAAGUUCGCCAGAUCGGACGAGCUGACCCGUCACUUCCGAAAACACACCGGACACAGGCCUUUCCAGUGUCACAUGUGCGAGCGUGCGUUUUCCCGCUCAGAUCACCUGGCUCUCCACAUGAAGAGGCACAUGUAGACCAGACUGAACUCAAAAGCAUCCAAAAUGCCUUCUGAUGGUCGGGCCCGAGGAGCAUCUCAGGAGAAGCACAGGUCGGCCCCUCGCCUUCCCGAAAGGCCGCCUGCGGGUCCAAACCCAAGGAAACAAGACGCCUCCAUGGGGACCGGUGGGUGUGGGUGGGGUGCGUUGUCACCUGAUGGUGUCAUGAGGUACCACGUGUGUUUUUCAAAAGGCCGGGUGUCUCUCCAAUAGGGUCAAAAAGGAUGAACACUGGUGUCGUUGUGUGUUGUACAUAGCUGUGCUCAUUUGAAAUGACUAAAUUAUGGUUUGUAUUUAAGACAUGUCCUCGCCUGUCUCUGAAAUAAGUUAUUGAUUGUGAGGGUGCCUUAACAAGACUGCAUAUUUGCUUCCCAAUUGUGACUCACUCACUGUGGGCAGGACCCAGAACCGUGUACAUUGUAUUCAGGAAUGUUUACAUCUUAUAUCUUUGAUACUACUCAAAUCAGGUCAGGGUGUUUUUUAAAUUGAUAUUUUUUCAUAUAAAUAUAUAUAUUGUCUAAUCUUUGUAGGCUGUCAUUCCACAUGUUUCCUUUUCGUCUGUGGUUUCUCGAGCAAUGCUCACAAACUCAGGUACCAACGCUCAUUCUCAGUCUAGGAGCAAGCAGAGCGCCACUCUCACGUCACUCAAUAUGUCUCUUGCAGCUCAGUGUUUUUUGGGGAUAGGACCUAUUUUCUUAUGGAAGAUAUUUUAACGUUUUCUAAGAAUGAAGAAAUCCACUGCAACCAUUAGUUGUUCCUCUGUACUUGAAACAGAAUUGUACCUUUUGAGAUGUACCUUUUCUUUUCCUCACCGAUGCAAUUGUCUGUUAUCUGCAAGGGCUCUGAAAAUAAAAGUACUUUUACAAAUA